AUGGAUAUGGCAGGUCGGAGCGAGUCUAAUGAACCCAUUAGUGAGAAUACGACAGGACUCGAUAAUAAUUUCUCUCACACUCCUUUGACUGAUGAAUCUACGACUUCCCAUGAACAAGGGUGCAGCGUAAGCUCCGAAGAACAACCGCCGCCCCUACCCCCGCGCCCGAGCACGAUGCACCUGUUGGAUGAAGGGGCAUCUUCCUCUCGAAAUACUAUGCAUACGAACCUCCAAUCGAGUGCUACUACGGCCAUUUCACUGACGGAAACUGUUUCUCACGAGGGUGGAAAGGAUAGCCAGUCUACUCGCAGUAACUCAGGAACCUUGCGGGCCAAAGCAAGCCUUAGCCACUUGGCCAGUUCGAGGGGCAGUGAGACCGGCGACUCAGCUAGUAUCAGGAGUUCUAUACCGUACACAGAGUCCAAUGACGUGGAUAAUAUUUUCAGUGAUUUUAUCGUGACAGAGUCUGGGCCGAAUCAACCGGAUAGUGCGGGCUUGCUUCAGUUUCCCGAGUUCCAGGCUGAUGAUGUGGAAGACGAUUUUGCAACCGAAUUUGAGCACGUGGGAGGUGUAGGUGCUAAGGGCGAGAAUGAGGAGAUGGUCCUCGAGAAGUGGAAAGCCAAAAGGAAGCAUUACCUUAUCUUGUCUGCUGCUGGCAAGCCGAUCUGGACAAGGCAUGGAGAUGGUGGAUUAAUAUCGACAUAUGUCGGAAUAAUUCAGACCAUUAUCUCAUUCUAUGAAGAUUCCAACGAUCGCUUGAACAGCUUCGCCGCCGGAGAUACCAAAUUUGUAAUUGUGACUAAGGGGCCGUUGCACUUGGUGGCAAUCAGUCGGUUUCUUGAAAGUGACACUCAGCUUAAACUUCAACUUGAAGCAUUGUAUAUGCAAAUUCUCUCCACAUUGACUCUUCCCUCUUUAAACCAUUUAUUCUCCGUCCGCCCAUCUACCGACUUAAAACGCCCGCUUCAGGGGUCAGAGACUCUCUUGGCGACUUUAGCAGACAGCUUCACGAAAGGAUCACCCUCCACCCUUCUCUCGGCAUUGGAAUGCCUCAAGAUUCGCAAAUCCCACCGCCAAACAAUCAACCAGACGCUGCUGAAGACCAAGGUGGCCAGUCUUCUUUAUGGCUUGGUGGUUGCUGGAGGUCGACUAGUCAGUGUGGUGCGGCCUAAGAAGCACUCCUUGCAUCCUGGUGAUCUACAGCUUUUAUUCAACAUGAUUUUUGAAGCGGAGGCUAUCAAAGCUGGUGGCGGCGAGAGCUGGAUCCCUGUCUGCCUACCCGGAUUCAACAGCAGCGGAUACCUAUACAUGUAUGUCAGCUUCCUCGAUCUUAGAGAAGAAGCCGGUCAUCUUGCCGAUAACACAACGACAAAAGAGGAAUCGGUCGCCAUUAUUUUAAUAAGUACGAAUAAGGAAAGUUUUUUUGAGAUGCAGGAGAUGCGCAACAGUUUUGUCGAGCAAAUAGAAAAGAACGGAAGCAUAAAUAUCAUCAAGGAUGCAAUAAAUAAAGGCCGACCUACGACUACGGACAUUGUUCCAGGAACGGUAUUGCAUCAUUUCCUGUACAAGUCGCGGGUGAAUGUACAAUUCACCAUGUCGUCGUACAAUCCCGAGUUUCUAUCAGUCUCACGGCGUCGAAGACUCUUAUCAACUUACAAUAAUCUCCAUGCAAGCAUUCAUGCUAAACACUGCCAUGUCAAGGUCCAUCACUGCGUCUCCCAAUCAUCCAGCUCAUUUGCAUGGGUGACCCCGGUGUUUGAGCUAUAUUGCGUUGCCGUUCCCAAUGCAAAUCGGAAUGCGCUUGCUCAAAGCGCAAGUAAGAUCGUCCAGUGGGUCCAGCAGGAGGAGGAACGGCUGUUCAUUAUCGGGGGUGCGGUUUUUUAA